GGAACUCGAGGAGUAUGUCACUUUGGCAACAGCGCACUCAUGACGUCACUGAGGCCCAUGAAUGAGGGCAAUUGAUGAUUCCGUGAUGAUAUGCAUUACUAUACUGUGCUCCGCCCGUCAUAUUACUUACUGUGGUUACAGCCUUCUGGUAACAUUCGCGUUUCAUGAGAUCUGCAACCAUGUCGCCUCAAUACGUCCACGCCGACACAGACAGCGAACAGGACCGUCUUCUGAACGAAUUCUUCAAGCCGUCUUUCAGAAGAGGUUACGUCCGGGUGGGACCCAACAAAGUCCUCAUGCCAGUUUACUACCUGAAGUUCGCAGACCGCAUAGAGAACAUGGAAGUUCGAGACAGCGAUGUGUGGGUCGUGUCCCAUCCCAAAACAGGUACAACUUGGACACAGGAAAUGGCUUGGGUCAUUGGGACAGAUCUUGAUUUUGAAGGAGCCAAAGUGCCCCUGCCAGAGAGAUUUCCCUUUUUGGACCACACUCCAUUGUUUGACUACUCUGAUAUUAUUCCCAAAUUACCAGAACUUGAGUUACCGUUGUUCAUAACUGACUCGCUGACGUAUAUAGACGAAAUGGAGUCCCCACGAUUCAUCAAGACUCAUCUUCCUUGGGAACUCCUCCCAAAGCAAAUCCGCCAUGGGAUCAAGAAACCAAAGAUUAUUUAUGUGGCUAGAAACGCUAAAGACACUUGCGUGUCGUACUACCACCACUGUAAGAUAUUGGAAGGUUAUUCCGGAAGUUUCGAUGACUACUGCAAACUUUUUCUGGGUGGAUCCCUGUGUUUUGCACCUUUCUGGCCUCAUGUUCUCAACUUUUGGAAACGUCGUGAUGAACCUAACAUUCUGUUCCUCAAAUUUGAAGAUCUUAAGAAGGACCUGCCACCGGUGAUCAAGAAGACAGCUGAGUUCUUGGGCAAGGAACUUAACGCCGAACAAGUGGACUUACUUGCCGAUCAUCUCAGCUUUACCAGCAUGAAGAAUAAUCCGUCCGUCAACUACGAGGCUGCGAUCGAAAUCAACCGCAGGUUCAAACUGACUCCGGCAGAUGGCCAUUUCAUGCGUAGUGGUCAGGUUGGUAACUAUAAGGAGGCCAUGAGUCCAAAGAUCAUCGGAGAGUUUGACCGCUGGACACAGGAAAAUCUCGCCGGAAGCGAUUUCUCCUUCUGAUUCCCCUGCCAGGUAGAAUACUACAUCACCAAAGUUCAUUACCUUAUACACAAAAUCUUCAUAUUGAUCUGUUUGCUUAGUAACUUUCAAUACAGUUUGCAUUUUCACAGCCUGUUCAGUUUAUAAACAUAAGAAAUUAUAGUUGUUUUUUGAAAAGAAAAUGUAUUUCAACAUGUCAAUACAAUUUUAAUUAAACUUUA